AUGUCAUUCAACUUCAAAUGGCCAACUUUCUCGGAUGAGUUCCACACGAGUGCGGCGCAGAUGCUCAACAGCGCACUCAAUCGUGGACCAAAGCCAAAGGUCAUUGCUGAUGACAUUCUCGUCGAGGAACUCGGCAUGGGCACCAUCCCACCCGAACUCGAAAUCCUCGAGAUUGGCGACCUCGGUACUGAUCGCUUUCGUGGCAUCUUCCGCCUUACAUACGCCGGAGAUGCCCAUCUUGUCCUCAAGACAAAGGUUCAAGCCAACCCUCUGUCUAAACCCAAUCGACCUGACAUUGGUCUUUUUCCUUCUUCCAAUGCUUCAAGAGGUAUUCUGUUUGCCGCAGCACCGCUCAUUGUGCCCAUGCACUUGCGACUCUCCUCCGUCAAACUUCGUGCUAUCGUCGUCCUUGUCGUCUCAAAGGCAAAGGGCAUCACUCUCGUUUUCAAGAACGAUCCGCUCGAAAGUGUCGAAGUCAGCUCUACCUUCGACAGUGUGGCUGUCAUUCAAAAGUAUCUUCAACAGGAGAUCGAGGGUCAACUCCGCGAAAUGUUCAGAGAGGAUUUACCCGGCAUUAUUCACAGGCUUAGCCAAAAGUGGCUUAGCGGCGAGGCUAAGUCGGAGAAAGACAAAGUCAAACAGAAGGCGGAAGCUGAGGAGCCUCCCGCAAGGUCGAGAGAGCCGACACUGACUCGCUCCACCAGCGAGCCUUUGGUCGCCCUCGAAACAGCAUCUGCACCAGGAGGCACGCCGCGGAAGUCACAUUCCAAGGCGAAGAAGCAUUCAAGAUCGGGUGCCAGUGUUGCCGAUUUCGCUGCUUCGCCGUGUCAAUCGCCGCAGAGGCCACGUCAAAGCCCACGUCGUCCUCGUCAUGUCGCGAAAGCUGCGUCCACAUCCGCCGUGCCGCUUCAUAGCGAGUUUUCUGCUACACACGCUUCUCCCUUCGAUGCCGCUUUCCCUGACAUUGAAAACUACGAUCCAACCUACGGCUUACGUCCUGACGAUCUUCCCACGCAUUCUGGAUUCUCCGGUCUCGGUCGUUUAGCUCAGCGUGGACUGGGUGGUCUUAAGGAUCUCACCGCAUCUCCAGUUUUUGAUCUCGACACCGCAUUGGGGGCCGCUGACGUUGAUCUUGACGGAGCCGCUGUGUUCGAAGAUUUGAACAGGCAAUCGGACGACGAGGGCUCGGAGGCCGAGCAGAGUCAAGACGCUCACAGCAGCUCACACGACGGCAAGCAUGACGAAGGAGACGCCACGACCGAUUCGGACCUUGAUGCAGUCUUGCACGACGUUGGUGACGACGUCUCAGAUCUGGAUGUGCAAGAGAGGGACAAUCUCGUUGAUACAUCGAUCGACUACAGUCGCUUUGGAUAUCCGCCCGCUUCAGCCGCCUUCUCAGAUGCCCAUGAGCUGACUCGUGCCUCUUCCAUCAUUUUCGACGACCAGCCUCAGCUGACUAGGAAGCACAGCAAGCGUGGCUCUGUCUCAGGUCGAUCGUCUACGCGCGCCAGAAGGCCUUCUUCGAGCCGUUCAGACCGGUCAGCCUGCACGUCUUCUCUCCGAAAGAGAGAGGAGGCUGAGGUGGUGUAUGAGACCAUUCCUGCAGUGGGUGGAGGCAUUGUGACCAGACCGCGAGUCUAUCACAUCGCCAGCAAGGUGCAGCCGCCCGAGGUGGAUUGGGACGAUGAAGAUACUGCGCGGCCAUCCCAAUACGGCGGAACCCCAUCGACGAGGACGGGCACGACACGCUUUGGCUCUGAUUACGGCAGCGCCACCAUGGGCGCACAAAGCUCACGCACAAACACGGUCCGAGGCAUCCACGACCUGCCGCAUCUGAACUCCGCCUUUGUCUCGCGGGACGGCAGCGAAGAAAGCUUGAUCGAUCUCCCGCCCGAGUCGUAUCACAGCAGCGAUGCGUCUCUUCCGCAUGCUCUUGACGCAGAGCGUUCAUCCGUGUCGGGUUCGGAUUCAAGAAGAGGUCUCACAAAUCCUACCAGUCGAGAGUCUUCGUACCGGGACCUCUCGAGCCAGGACUUGCACUGGGAUCACAGCGCAUCUAGCACUGCUCCCUCCUCGUCUCAGUCGCUCCACUGGGAUAUGCACAGCAGAAACGAUGCAGCUGCGCGUACGGUCAACGUGAAAGCGGGUCAGAACGCUGAGUCUAAUUCAGGCUUGUCAUUCCGCAAGAACAAGAGUGCCAACCACCAACGUUCCAUAACCCUCGGCGGUGGUGGCGGCGGUGGUUUCCCACUACGACGUCCAGGCGAGGGUCCUGGCAUGUCUGCCACACCAGCUCGAACUCGAGCAUCCGCUGCAGCCUCAGCAAGAUCGCGUCCUGGUUUCAUCACAUAUGCGACCUCCCCACCUGGCGAUUCAUCCGGCUGGCAACGCAGUCCACCUCUGCGUGCUUCUUCAGACAGAGAUGUGGCCUUUUCAACGUCGCCUGGGGUUGCACAGGACAUGCUUUCUAUAUCACCAUUCCGCGACUCGAGCUUGCAUCAUGGAAGUCCACGAGAGACGUCCAACGUUGCGGGUGCGUAUGCCAGCGCCAGCAACAGCCCGUACACGUCUGGACACAACAAAGGCACGCAAGGCGCAGGCGCUGCACCCACUCACCUGUCGAUCGAUGCUUCAGCCCACUUCUUGGAUCUGGUCAAAUCCAACCACACGUUAAGCCCGUUCACAAGAAGCAUGGAGCAUUUCACUGUGCGAAGUGCGCCUGUGACGCCAGGCUGGCAGACAGCAUCAGGCAACGUCAGUGUGGUAGGAAGCAGCGCUGCAAGCGGAACGGGGACGACCAGUGGAAGCUCUCAGACGGGAGCGAAUGCUAAGUCGGGUAAAGCCGGCAGCGACAAGACGCGCUCGCAAGACCAUCUUUCGGUUGGCCACACGGUUGCUGAGCCCAAGACGCAUUGUCAAGCUGAUUCUGCCGCGCCAUCCUCUGGAUUGCCUGCUCGUCGAAGAAGAACCUUCCAGCUCGGCGGCUCGAGCUCGCGCGACGACACUGCCUCCAACAAGCCGAACAACACGUCAACAGGGCAAGGUGAAGACUCUCAGGACAACAGUGCCGCACCCGGCUCGGACGACUAUGGAUUUGCGCGCUAUGCUGGAUCAGGACCUCAACCCUUCCGAGCAAGUGGAUCUUCAGCAUCCUCUGCCAUCACCGAUUCGUCAUCUAAAGGCAAUCGAUUGGGGAGCAAGGACCUACGCAGAAGAAGCCGACCCGGUUCAAUGGGUCCGCCUUCCGAAGCUGCACGACUGAGCGCGCUGAGAUGGGAGGCGAUCCGCGAGUAG